GGGCCCAUCGAGCCCCUCUUCAACCUGUGGUCCCCUAGAAAAGCCCUGUCCGGAGCUGGCUUUCCAGCCAGCCAUCUCUGAGCUGCAGUUUGCUCCGGGCUCGCUGCUCUCCGACCGCCUCCCUACGCCCACACAGCCAUGGCGCCCCACAGCCGCGUGGCGCUGGUGACCGGGGCUAACAAGGGCAUCGGCUUCGCCAUCACGCGUGAGCUGUGUCGGAAGUUCUCGGGGGACGUGGUGCUCACGGCGCGGGACGAGGCGCGGGGCCGGGCGGCCGUGCAGCAGCUGCAGGCGGAGGGCCUGAGCCCACGCUUCCACCCGCUGGACAUCGACGACCUGCAGAGCAUCCGCGCGCUGCGCGACUUUCUGCGCCGGGAGUACGGGGGGCUGGACGUGCUGGUCAACAACGCGGGCAUCGCCUUCAAGAUGUCUGACCCCACCCCCUUCCACAUUCAAGCAGAAGUGACAAUGAAAACAAACUUUUUCGGUACCCGAGAUGUGUGCACUGAGCUACUCCCUCUAAUAAAACCCCAAGGCAGAGUUGUGAAUGUAUCAAGCAUGGUAAGUGUCAAGGCCCUGAAGAACUGCAGCCCAGAGCUGCAGCAGAAGUUCCGAAGCGAGACCAUCACAGAGCAGGAGCUGGUGGAGCUCAUGAACAAGUUUGUGGGAGAUACGAAGAAAGGAGUGCAUUCGCAAGAAGGCUGGCCUAACAGUGCAUAUGGGGUGACCAAGAUCGGGGUGACAGUCCUGUCCAGAAUCCAUGCCAGGAAACUCAACGAGCAGAGGGGAGGGGACAAGAUCCUCCUGAACGCCUGCUGCCCUGGGUGGGUGAGAACCGACAUGGCGGGGCCCAAAGCCACCAAAAGCCCGGAAGAAGGGGCAGAGACCCCCGUGUACUUGGCACUUUUGCCGCCUGAUGCGGAGGGGCCUCACGGGCAGUUUGUUAGUGAGAAAAAAGUUGAGCAAUGGUGAGCCCAACUCUCAUUGCCUACCCCCUGUAUCCUCUCUUGGUGAGGGCCAGGGCACAGUUACAAUAUACUAACAUGCUACCUUAGCACCCAUGAAGCAGUUGCUUGCAGUUCUAUGAAGUGCUUUAUGGUUACCUCUCUGGUACAGGAAGAGAAAACAUAAAUGCUGAAAAAGAAAUAAAAGUAACUGAUUCUAUAAGCAUAAA